ACAGAUUAUAAUAUAUAAUUUAUUUUAUAUUUUAUAUUUUCAGUAUAAUGAGCGUGAAGGGCUUAUUUCACAGACAAUUAUUGAUCAAAUUACUAAUCCUCUCAUUUGUCUGCGGUUUAUUUCUAAUCAUCAUUUUUCACUUUACAACAAAUGAUAUAAAUUUGUAUAAAGAAUCACAACAUCUAAGAUCACUCUUACGUUCAAACAACACACAUCACCAGGAAUAUAAGCUGGCAGAAUAUGACUUUGAUUAUGAAGACUUCAGACAACGUGUCAACUAUAGCUAUUUAAUGAAUCUAACAAAUUUCCGAUAUUUAUUGAAUUCCAAUAAAUGUCGAAAAGAUAGAAAACAAUUUCUAGCUAUCAUUGUUGUCACAUCUUACUCAGCACAUACCGACCUACGUAUGGCUCAUCGUCAAUCUAUGCCACAAUGCAAACUUGAAGAACUAGGAUUUCGACGAAUAUUUUUGCUAGCCAAGAUACCACCAACAGAACGCGCUAUAACCCAAGAAUCUUUGGAAAGAGAACAUAAUCGUUUUGGUGACUUGGUACAGGGUAACUUUGUGGAUAAUUAUCACAAUUUAACAUAUAAGCAUGUUAUGGGUCUACGAUGGGCAGGCAGUGAGUGUGAAAAUGCUAAAUUCGUUAUUAAAAUUGAUGAUGAUAUUAUCUAUGACAUAUAUUACACGCGUAAUUACUUAAAUGAAUUAUUGCUAAAACAGUCGCAACUUGCUACAUCUGGUAAACUAUUAUCAGGUGUAAUAUUCUCCUCUGGUCCACCGGUACGAGAUGAAAAAAGUAAAUGGUAUGUCUCUCUAAAAGAUUUUCCAGGAAGUGUUUACCCUUAUUACUUGUCUGGUUGGUUUUAUGUAACGAAUCCAUUGACAGCAAAACGUAUAGCACAAGAAGCUCAUAGUACACCAGUAUUUUGGAUUGAUGAUGUUUGGGUUACCGGUAUAGUAAGACAUCGUCUGCAUAUACAUCUGCAGUCGUUAAAUCACUUACUCACUUAUAAGAAAGUACAACUUCAGUGUUGUGUUGAUGAUGCAAAAAAAUACAAUUACAACUGUGACUAUAAAAUUGGUCCAAAUGGUAAUGAACCGGAAUUUUUGCUGAAAUAUCAGAACGCAAUAGAGAAGUGUUAUUACGAUGGAUGUAUUCCUCGACCGGCUAAUAAAUCUGUAGUGCUUACAUGUAAAGAAUAAUAAUCUCACUAUCUUCAAAUGCAACAAAUUAUAAUGUUAAGUUUGACAAAUUCUAUAUAUUUUGUAUAUAUUCUUAUUAAAAUAAAUGAUAAUUUAAGACUA